UUCUUCGUUAUGAAUCAUCAGCAGGUGGGCAAUAGAUGGGCCAUCCUGUAGUGUCGCUGUUGUUAUUUCUAUUGUGCUGCUUCGGACUUGCGGCUGCCAGAAACAGGAAAGAUGUUUACUAUGUGGACGAAGAGAGCGAGUCGGGACCAUAUCAGCCUUCUGAGAAGUGGACCCAACACCAAAAAAAUAGGCGAGAUGUGAAUAGAGAUACUGUCACGACGACGACGCACGAUGAUAGCAGAAAAAUCAGACGCCGAGCGAAGCGAAUCCCUGGAUGAACCGAUCGACGCUCUAUUGGACUUGGACGUCGACGAUUUCGAAGGACUUGAGCUUUGCUAAUACUGUACUACUCGAAAAAUGCUGAUGCAUCGCGAAUAAUACAUUCAUAUCGUGGCUUCGAAAUAAGAAA